AUGGUUUACGGAUUUAUAUCAGUUUGUGGGAUAGUGAAAGAGGCCGACCAAGCUGGCCUACUGACCAUCGACCGUAUCGGCAAUCCGGAUGAGAUAGAUGUAUCAGGCUGGGAAGAUCAGCAUAGGGACGGCGCACUCGCUACACAUUCCACUAAGGAGCUGACAGUUGUAAACAGAAUCCGGAUGGACGCGACUCUAAGCUCCCCCGCACGUUCUCGAGUCAGGCCGGGAGUUUCAUCUUGGACACUACUCCAGCUUAGCUUCAUGGCUAGAUACGAGACACAAGCUAUCACCAGAACAGAAGAUAGCACUGCUGUACAGGCCGAGGCCGAGUGCGGCACAGACUCAUACAGCCCGUUGCACAGAGAGCGGGCCAAGCCUUCCCUUGCUGGAAAUGCGGCCCUUCCUCUUCGCAGAAGGACAGAAAGGCGAGCUAAUGCCGGCUUUACCAAUGACGACCUUGUGGUCAGCAAGCCGGCAGAGGCGGCCGUAAUUUAUGGCCCCAUUUGGUCUCCAUCGAGAACCCCAUGGAAUCCAGGCACAAUUGCCUAUUCCGGCCUGGUUGCCACCCUAUUAGGGUCUGGAAGGAUUCAACCGUCAGGGGAGAGCUUGAGUUUCCAAGUUGUCCUUAGUACCACUUAGCAUCUUCGAUGGAGUACUGGAGUACUAUCUACUGGCACUAUUUGCCAUGCUAACCUUAGUCUCGCU